UGUAAUUAUAUGUGUGUUUUCCGAUGAUCUUAGGUGACCCCUGUGAAAGGGUCGUUUGACCACCAAAGGGGUCGCGACCCACAGGUUGAGAACCGCUGCCCUAGGAUGACUGAGAAUCCAGAGCUAAUGAUUUAUUGAAGUCACACUGUACAGCAUCACAUUCACUGACCAUCUUCAGACUGGGAAUGGAGGUGGAGGACGGGUGAAGCCCAACUUCCAGGGAAAAGAGCCGUCCUUUCUCUCUUAAUUCUAUAGAUGAAAGUCUUAGAAACUGAGCAAAUUCUUUUUACCCUCCAUUUUAUGGAAUCUAAAAGGAAGGAUAAGUGUUCAGAAGCUAGUUCCCAGAUAAAACACUAACAGCAUAAUAAAGCGUAUAAAAAUGGGGAGAUAAUUAAGCCUUUCUCUCUUAACAGUUUCUCUUAUCUUAUUUUUAAGUAGAUAUUUUCCCUUCUCCUCUGUCCUAUGAGGUCAACAAGUAUGCCCUAAGUAUCCACUACAUGAGUCCUGGGGUCUUUCCACUGGACAUGAGGAAGUGUAAGACUGUCCCUGAUUUCUAAAAUUUUACAAUCCACCCACAAACUCUCUUUACCUUGUAAGCAAACAAACAAAAGAGGAAGAAGGAAGACUGUUAAGAGUGAAAAGUGUGCAUCCUCUCCACUGGUUUUCCAGCAUGUGAUAAGGCAGAUCCCAGGAACUUUCUGGGAUCUUGGGCCAACAAGAACCCAGAAAAGAGGUGUGCUCUGUAGAACAGUAGGGUAUAUGUGGUUGGUGAAGUUGUGCCAUCUUUGGGUGCCUAACUGAAAGUUGCAUUCAUCCAUUUGAGUAUGCUUGUAAUGUAUGACUCGAUAGCCAGAAGCCUGGAGCAUUGCAACCAAUGUUACAGCCAUCUGAAUCUCCAUCUAUGGUAGGAGUAAGAAAGGUUCUUAACUCCCAUUUGUCUGUAAGGCUUCCUCACCCAAUUUCCUUAUACUUGUCUAGAUUGAUAGGUUUACUAGUACAUAACAUAUGUUUUUGUAAAUAACAAACAUCAUUGCAACAUAAAAUUUUGUUCACUACAAUCCAGUCUUGUGAAAGUAUUUCUGCAGCACUCAAAAAUGCAGAAAUACUAGUAGCCCAGCCAGUGUGGCUCAGUGGUUGAGCAUCGACCAAUGAACCAGAAGGUCAGGGUUCAAUUCCUGGUCAGGUCACAUGCCUAGGUUGCCGGCUCAAUUCCCUGUAGGGGGUCUGCAGGAAGCAGGUGAUGGAUGAUUCUCAUCAUUGAUGUUUCUAUCUUUCCCUCUUCCUUUCUCUCUGAAAUCAAUAAAAAUAGAUUUAAAUUCUUGUUUAAAUGCAGAAAUAACAUGUUAUGAGAAGUAAAGUGAAAUAAAGUGUUAUGAGACGUAAAAGGAGGUGAAGACUUGCCAAGUUGAGGAUCAUUUCCCAAAUUCCUUUUCAGCUCACCCCUGUUGAUGGCUCUGCUUUCCUAUCUUUCAAGUUGCACUCAUCAUUGGGCUAUCUUUGCAUAGCCCCAUCCAGGAAGAAGCUCUGGGAUGUGUGGAUUGUAAAUUUGGCCAAGCAAGUUGGACUCUUCACAAGGAAUAACCAGACGUGAGGACUAGAAUGGAAGAGUUGGCACCAGUGGAAAGUCAGGGCCAGCUUCCAAGCCCACACCAUGGCUCUCUGAGGAAGGCCGUGGCAGCUGCCCUGGCCCUGGAUGGGGAAUCCACAAUGGGUCGCAGGAAAAAGAAGAGGAAGGAGUCCCGCCCAGAAUCUAUUAUCAUCUACCGGUCAGAGAGUGAGAAAGUGGAUGAGGAGCCUGGGGAAUCAGAAGGUGGAGACCAGCCUAAAGAGGAGGAAGGAGCCGACUUCCUAGACUAUCCUGCUGAUGAUGGUAUGUGGAACAUGCCUUUGGACAGCCGCUAUGUCACAUUAACUGGGACCAUCACACGAGGGAAGAAAAAGGGCCAGAUGGUAGACAUCCAUGUCACUUUGACAGAAAAGGAGCUGCAGGAAUUGACCAAGCCUAAAGAGUCAUUGAAAGAAACAACCUCUGAAGGCAGAAAGGUCUGCCAGAUGUCGGCAGACCGUGGGCCCCACGUGGUCCUCUGGACACUGGUCUGCCUGCCUGUGGUUUUUAUCCUCUCCUUUGUUGUCUCUUUCUACUAUGGCACUAUCACUUGGUACAACAUCUUUCUUGUGUACAAUGAGGAGAGGACCUUCUGGCAUAAGAUCUCAUGUUGCCCCUGCCUCAUUCUCUUCUACCCAGUGCUCAUCAUGGCCAUGGCCUCUUCCCUGGGCCUCUAUGCUGCUGUGGUUCAGCUCUCAUGGUCCUGGGGAGCAUGGUGGCAAGCUGCCCGGGACAUGGAGAAAGGCUUCUGCGGCUGGCUUUGCAGCAAGCUGGGUCUGGAGGACUGUUCUCCCUACAGCAUUGUGGAGUUGCUUGAAUAUGAUAAUAUUUCAGGCAAUCUCUCCAACAAGGACCCCACGCAGGAAGUAGAAACUUCCACUGUCUAAACUUCGAACACCUUAUUUCCUCUUCUGGUCCCUAUAGCCUGUAUAUCAUCUUCCAAUUUCCCUCCCCUCACAGUGCUUCCGGAAAAGUCUAGCCCACACUGAUCUGCCCUACUAUUUUGAUGAUUCUAGGAGAGCAAAAAAGCAAUUUAUACAAAAGUUGGCCAUACAAUGGACAAACUCUUCUUCAUCUCCUGUCCUAAAAUGACCAUUCAUCUGGGACAAGGAGCUCAGUUUUAUGUCAGUUCUGGUGCUUGAACGUGUUACUGGUGCUUGGAACUCAGGGGACUAUGUGAGUAAGUGUGACAGGGAGAAUAAGGAGGCUCUGGGGGACCAACAAAAUAAUAGGGGUUGAGUGAAACAUUUAGGAAGCAGGUUUACCACAGUAUAGCAGAAUGUAAAGAUUUGUAUGCAUCACUUAGAGUUUUAUUUAGCUGCAUAUAAUUGAUAUCCCAAAAUAUGAGUGGUUUAAACAAGAUAGAAGUUUACUUCUUUCUUCUAUAGAAGAAGUCGGGAGGCAGACCAUCAGGGGACCUGAUAGAGUUACUUGGAUCCAGGCUUCUUUUAUUCCCCUACCGUUGGUGAAAUGUGACCCUCAUAACCUUUAUCUUCCACACCCCUGUGCUGACAACAUCUGCAGCCAUUUCAUCCAUGUUUCUGGCAGAAUAGAGGAAGGGGCAAAGAAAAGCAUAUUUUCUGUGCUCAAGGAGGCUUCCCAAAGUCUCACUGAAUAUUUCUUAUAUCUCAUUGGCUAGACCUUCAUCGCAUGAUCUAACAAGCAAAAUAGGCUGCAAAAUGUAGUCUUUUCACAGUUAUAUGCUAGGCUAAAUAUGGGGGUUAUGCAAAUUUAAGAGGAAUAAAGAAGAAUGGCUAUUUUGAUUGGCAAGUAAGAAUAUCAAUAAUUAUUUAAAUAUUUUCAGAUCCCAAACUGCUAAUAUAGUUCAUUUAUUUAUUUAUUUAUUUAUCUAGGCCUAAAUCUUAGAGAUUUUAUAUAUAGAUACUAGCUAUAUAUACUAUGUAUAAGCUAUAUAUAGAUAUUAGUAUCUUGUACUUUGCAAUUAAAUGACUGUAAUGUCAUGUGGUUUCAGGGUUCUUUUUAGAAGCAAAGAGUAAACAGUUGAGUACAACUGUAUAACAGUAGUGUACCUUUUUUCCUGGUAGUGAAGGUGGGACUGGAUGGUAAUAUUUAAUUUAUUCUAAGAUUAAAGACUGUGCAGGGAGGGAUUGCAUCUGUCAUUCCCCACUGCCUCCCCUCAACCCCCCCAACAGGGAUUGGUAGCCCUAAGCAGGAAGAAGAUAUAGUUAUUUUUCUGUUGUUUGGAAAAACCUCACUCAGAGCCUCACUCACUCAUACCUUUCUGGAGUUUAACAACAAACACAAUCUUUGUUGAGCUGGAAGACUGUCUUCCUGGUCACCAGGGAGUGUAAAGCAGAUUAAUCUAGAUUGAUUUUAAGCUGAAAACCAAAUUCAUUCUUGAAGGUAUAUUUCUAAUUUUUUUUUUUUAAUUGAAUCAUCACAGAUCAAGAAGUUUUUUGAGGUUUGGGGCCUUACAAGAAUAGCUGGUACUUGUUUCUUAUCCAUGUCUCAGGAAGAAGUUGAAAGAACUUCUGUGAAGCAAACCAGACUGAUUGGGCAUGAUCUCCCACAGAAGGCCAGGGACAUUUGUUUAACGUAUGGUGCUGAAAUCCACCUUCAGAAGAUAUCCCACAAUUAUUAUUAUUAUUAUUUAAUCUUUACCCGAGGAUAUUUUUAUUGACUUUAGAGACAGAAGAAGGCAGAGAGAGAAACAUCGAUAUGAGAGAAAAACAUCCAUCUGCCGCCUCUUGUACGUGCCCCAACUCGAAUUGAACCCACAACCUAGGUAUGUGCUCUGCCUUGGAAUUAAACCUGCAAUCUUUUGAACCUCCAACCAACUGAGCCACCCAGUCAGGGCAACACCCACCUUUUAAAUAACUAUUAUUAGUUUGACAAAAACAAAAUUCUGUUCAACAUUUUUGAAGAUAAACUUGGUGCUCAUUGGUGCUUUUGUAACCAUAAUUUAAUAUCACCAAUCUAGUGAUUAAAGUUAUGUAUUCUGUAACAAAUCAAAGUAUAUGUGCUUUCACCUCUGGCCAAGUUCUCAUUACACUGGAACAGCCUAUUUUGGGUGUAAGGAAUGCUAAUGCUGCAAUAAGACUGAGGAUGUCUGCUGGCAUACAAUGAGGGAUGACUCUGACCUUCAGGGAUUCCAGCUCCAGAAUAUUUGCUGAUCUUCAAUUGUAAAACCAGGAUGAUGCACCCAGACCAUCACUUGACCAGUUUUAAGAUUCUUAACGGAAUGGACUAUGCUGGUCUGCACGUAAAAAACUUUUCAAACUCCUCCCCUUAAUCUUUUUGUUCUGUUUUCCUUUCCCUUCUUAUAAAAACCCCUUCCUGCACUGAGAUGCUACGAUUGUUUUUAAGGACAAGAGUCCACCAUAUUCUCAGGUUGCUGGCACCUGAAUAAACCUCUUUCCUUAUUUACUGUACCUAUCUCAUGAAUAUUGGCUUUCAUGGUGGCAGGCAACCGAGCUUGUGGGUUAUUUCCUCAGUUUCACUUUUGCAGAGAUGUAAACAAUUGAAAUUAAAACAAAAUAAAAUAUAAAUAAAAUGUG